GCCGGAUGUAGAUUAGUGUGAAAUGCAUGCUGGUCGAAAUGACGAAAGCCCACGUGCAGGCAUGCGCAAAUAUUCAUGUGCCUUUUCCGCGAACUUUUCAGAUGCUUGUGCUCAACGGGACGUGAAGCUCAAUACGAAGCUGUAUGUGUACACUGAUAUAGUGCACAUUGACACAAUUGUGACAGAGCUGUUAAAAUCACCCAUCUGUGAAACAGAUUUUUUGGCAUUGCAAUGAACGGUUCUAUUAGCCAUAUGAAUGGCAUAACGGACAAGGUUAUGGAAGAGAAGAUUGUUGUGCUGGAUGCUGGAGCACAGUAUGGAAAGGUUAUUGACAGGAAAGUCCGUGAGCUAAAUGUAGAAUCAGAGAUACUGCCACUUGACACACCUGCUUUCACCUUAAAAGAGAAGGGUUACAAGGGCAUCAUUAUUUCUGGAGGUCCCAGCUCUGUCAAUGACAAGGAUGCUCCUCGAUAUGAUCCUGACAUUUUCCGUUGUGGUUUACCAUUGCUGGGCAUCUGCUAUGGACUGCAGAUGCUAAAUAAAGAGUUUAAGGGGACAGUUAUAACAUCUGAUGCCAGAGAAGAUGGGCAGUUUCAAGUUACUGUUGACACAAAGUCUCCUAUAUUUAAGGGGCUAAAGACAGAACAGGAAGUGCUACUAACACAUGGAGAUAGUAUUGAAGAAGUUGCUGAAGGGUUCCAGAUUAUUGCACGUUCUAAUAACUUCAUUGCAGGUAUUGGGUGUGACAAGAGAAAGUUUUAUGGUUUACAGUUUCAUCCAGAAGUAGACCUUACAGUAAAUGGUCAAAAUAUGCUACGAAACUUCUUGUAUGACGUUUGUGCCUGUCAUGGUACCUACACCAUGUCUUGUCGAGAGCAAGCUUGUAUACAGUACAUCCGCGACACAGUGGGCAGUCACAAAGUAUUGAUGCUACUCAGUGGAGGUGUAGAUUCUUCUGUGUGUGCAGCUUUGUUACACAAGGCUCUGAAGGAAGACCAGGUGAUAGCAGUUCAUGUUGACAAUGGCUUUAUGAGGAAAAAUGAAAGCAAGAAGGUAGAAGAAUCACUGAGAGCCUUGGGUCUUAAAGUAAAAGUGAUCAAUGCAGCACACACUUUCUACAGCGGGACAACAUCUGUCCCAAUUGAUCAUAAAGAUCCUGCCUCACGCAAAAGGAAAACCAAUACCUUAAACACAACAACAAAUCCUGAAGAGAAAAGAAAAAUAAUUGGUGACACCUUCAUGAGGGUAGCAAAUGAAGUUGUGGAGGAACUAAAUUUAAAACCAGAAGAUGUCUUUUUGGGUCAAGGUACUCUGAGGCCAGACUUGAUAGAAAGUGCUUCUACACUUGCUAGUGGUAAGGCAGAUGCUAUCAAAACCCACCACAAUGACACAGACCUUGUCCGUGAGCUUCGAGAACAGGGGCGUGUUGUUGAACCUCUUAAAGACUUCCACAAAGAUGAAGUAAGAGCCAUAGGUCGUGACCUUGGUUUACCACCUGAGCUUGUGCAGAGACAUCCCUUUCCAGGUCCAGGUUUAGCAAUACGUGUCAUCUGUGCAGAAGAGCCCUAUAUAUGCAGGGAUUUUGCAGAAACAUGCAUAAUGCUAAAAAUAAUUGUUGAUUUCAUCAGUGCUUUAAAAACGCCACAUUCUCUUCUGUCCCGUGUCAGAAACAGCACAUCAGAUGAGGAACAAGAACUGCUAAAAACAAUCUCAAGCAAGUCUGAACUGGCUGCUACACUUUUACCCAUCAAAACAGUUGGUGUGCAGGGUGACUGCAGAACAUAUAGUUAUGUUGUGGCACUCUCCAGCAAUCAACCACCUUGUUGGAGUGAUCUCAUGAAACUUGCUAAGAUCAUACCUCGAAUUUGCCGAAACAUAAAUAGAGUAGUAUAUGCCUAUGGGAGCCUAAUCAAAUACCAGAUUGAGGACAUCACUCCCACUUUCCUCACAAAAGGAGUACUAAGUACAUUGCGGCAAGCUGAUUUUAAAGCUACCUCAGUUCUUCAAGAGUCUGGUUUCAUGUCCAACAUCAGCCAGAUGCCCAUUAUUCUCAUUCCGAUUCAUUUUGACCGUGAUCCCACGAUGCAUCUACCAUCUUGCCAGCGUUCAGUAGUUAUACGAACAUUUAUCACCAACGACUUCAUGACUGGAGUGCCAGCAGAGCCUGGGAAACAGUUGCCUGUGGAAGUUCUGGAACAGAUGGUGUCUGCUGUGUUGGAAGUUCCGGGUAUAUCUAGGGUUUUGUAUGAUCUGACAGCAAAGCCCCCUGGGACUACAGAGUGGGAAUAGAUAGUGAUACUAAAUAUUUUCCAUGGGCAUACUCAGCGUUUAUGUAAUUACAUGAUCCAGUUGUGGCUGUUUGUUCCUCAUAAUAACUGCGGCAUUUGUGGUAAUAAAAUUUUUAAAUCAAAGCUCGCUAAGACUAGUUAUAUAAAAGAAAACUAUAGGAAUAGUAUUUUUGAUAGUUUAGAUAGAGUUCUCAAGCAAAUCUUUACAAUUUUCUGUAUAUUUUAGGAACAUAUAGUUGCUCUGUGAUGUGUGGGUUGUUUUUUUUUUUUAAGCUGUUGAGGAACUGUGUGCUGCUGUAAGAUUGAUGUGCUUAACAGAAUUGGUUCUUGCAGUGGAUUUUGAAGUAUUUCUAAAGUUGUGACCUAUGAGUACUUUUUGUAUUUUUGAAGGUUAGUUUUGGGAAGUCCCCUGUAUACCCUCUGAAGAGCAGCUGUGGAGUAUUUUCUGCUUAUCAUGAGGUCUUUCAAACAUGAAAUCUGUCUUGGCAUUCUGAUUUUCUGUAGAAUGGAGAUUCAGUUCUGUACAUAUAGAUUUAUCAGAUGCAUUUUUGUACUGCUGAUGCAGGUAUUUGUACAUUAUGAAAAGUGGUGGCUUUCUAGUAAUGUGGUGACUUGCUGAAAUAUUUUCUUUAUUCCUCAGGUUAGAAAAAAAAAAUGCAUCUGCUCCUUUUCCCAUGGAAUGCAAAGAUUGACUUUGUGUAGUGGGCACGAAUCUCUCCCAGUGACAACUACUAUCAGCUGUAUGUGGCAUGUUUCUAGGGAGUGUUUUAUUUAUCAUCCUUUGAUAACAUUCUUUUUCCCCUUGUAUUUAGUAGUAUGGAGUUUACCUACGGACAUAACUGUUUUCUUUGAAGAUACCUAUUUUACUACUACCAUUUCCCAAAUACAUUUAAAAUAAGAAUGUUAACAUUUUUGUUUAUUGACGUGGUUGUAUAUAAGUGUCAGAUUUCUAUUGUAAGAUUGAAAUUCAAAGCAACUUUUCUACAAACAAAGCAGAUCAUUUCGGUUCACCUUUAGAUUGUAGUCUUUAUAUACAACAUAAUGAAGUGUUAUUUAUUCUCUAUUAUCAAAGGUUUUAUGCACAUUUUCAUACUAACUGCUGUUCACAGAAAAGAACGCAAAAUUUAUACUGAAUUUUGCCUUUAAAAUAACAAAAACUUUAAAAUGGCCUAUCACUCAAAAGGUGUUUUUGCAGUCAGGUGAGCAGUGUUGUGAAAUGCUUGUUAUUUUUGUGCAACAAGUCUGUACUCCAUGCAGUUGCUAGCUCCUACACAUAAGAUGCACAAGUUUGUAUUAAUGCAAACAGUGCUUGAUACUUUGGAUCCUGCUGUUAGGCUUCUGUAUUGAUUAAAGUGUCAAGCAGAUCUCUGCAAAAUAAGAGAAUGUUCUGAUUAGGACUGAGACAGCAACUCAUUUACAUUCCUUUUACAUGACAUGUAACAUUUAAUAUGCUAUCACUCAAGGCUGCCAAUAAUUCCAGGUAAAAAGCUUCAAAAAUAGGUCUUCAAACUGGGCUGAACUGAUUACACCAUAUCUUUGACUGUGUUGCCAGAUAUUGAAACCACUAUCAGUCUAAGGUAUGCAAAUAUCUAUAGAUAAAGUUGAUUUUGAUAUAGGAAUCUCACUGUAUAUAAUAUUACAUUAGGAAGAAAAAUGUUCAUUGAUCUGUAACACCUGUUUUCAACUGUGGAUAUUUGAAAUCAAGGAAUCAUUUUAAAAAUAAGAAACCACUGUGCAGUGAUAGCUUCCAAUGCUGUGGCUAUUUUUUGAGUGUGAUGUGUGAAACCAAUUCUGUCAAUAAAAGAGUGACUACUGACAUAAAAGUA